GCCUCUGAGGCUGCCGCCAUGUACGCUGCCGCCGCCGUCGCCGCCUCGCCGCCCAGGCGGGACUUCAUCUCCGUCACCCUCAGCCCGGAGGAGGCGCCGGGCGCCGGCGGCUACAACAACAGCAAGGCCUGGAGGCGGCGCUCCUGCUGGCGGAAAUGGAAGCAGCUGUCUCGACUGCAGCGGAGCAUAAUUCUCUUCCUGUUUGCCUUCUUGACGGUCUGUGGAGUCAUUUCAUACACAAGUGUGGGGGAACCGUGGAAAAGUUUAACAAACAAACCAUCGGAUGAGCACGGAACAGAACCAGAUGCUCCCAGAUUAAAGCUGGCGAAUCCAGCUGUGCUCCCAGCGCCCCAGAAAGCAGAUGCCAACGCCGCAGACUACCCAGAGCUUUCACCUCAGAAGAAACCAAGAUUACCCCAUGGUCGGCGUAAUCCUUCCCAUUUUCAGAUCAAGCCCCCAUGGGGGGAUGUGAGGCUGCAAACCCGCCAUGACACCAGCAAGGCAGCAGAAGAGCCAGUCCAGGCUGAUAAACAGGAGAAAACAGAGAAGUCUGUUAUCAGCUGGAGAGGAGCAGUGAUAGAACCUGACCAAAGCAGUGAACCUCCAUCUAGUAGAGUAAAGGAACCAGAAAAACCUUCAUCUGUGGAAGGUGAAAGCCAGAAAGAACCAGUGCCCAUAAACGAACGCCAGAAGGCUGUGAUAGAAGCAUUCCGCCACGCGUGGAAGGGGUACAAAGAUUUUGCCUGGGGCCAUGAUGAGCUGAAGCCAUUGUCCAAGUCUUACAGCGAGUGGUUUGGCCUUGGGCUCACCUUAAUUGAUGCCUUGGACACUAUGUGGAUUUUAGGCCUGAAAGAAGGUAAUCUCUUGCUUCUCUGUUCUCACCCCUGAAACUCUUUGUUUUCU